AAUUUACGUCACAAUGAAUGGUUUACGUUAUGCGAUUAUGACGUCAUAAAUAAUUGGCUUAUUUCCUUGGAUUCUUAACAUGAAAGAGCCAUAGAAUGGGGAUAUUUGGAAAUGGUGCGCUCAGUUUUGGUCACUGGUUUGGAUCCAGACGCCAAAGUAGCCAAAGCAACCAAAGCAGACAGAAUGAUCAGGCGCGCCGAUUUCGAUUCAAGUUUCUUAAACGUUUUCGGUCCUCUGGCGGAUCUAAUCAAACACUCCCAACAUUCCCAAUUUCAAAACAUUUUGUAGACGCACUCAAAGAAGAGGGCUUGCUAGUUCCAGGGUCAAAAGACCACCCGGCCCUCAAUAUUUGUGUAGGGAUUCAAGAUGAUGAACUACAACAUGAUAGGAGGCUGAGAUACAGGUCGUACGGAAAAUCGAGAUGGGAUGACGUUUUUGCCACCCCCGGCGUCCGCAAAGUUGCUCUAGAAAUGGAUGCCAAUGAACCAAUAAUUGACGAGCUGCCAGUCUCGCUUUGGCUAAACUGUGUUGAUCCCAUACUUCCAGCUCUCAUUUCUCUUAGUACAAUGCAGAGGCGCAGAACAAACCUUACUAAAUCCAGGCCCUCAGCAACUCCACUGCAAGACCCAAAUGAAGUAUCCACGGAUCAUGGUGAUUUGGACCGAGGACCGCCAUGGCUUAAUGUCAUUGGUCCUCAAAAUGUUCACAUCAUUUAUCUGGUAAAUCUGCCCGCAACUGCAGAAGUACGACCAACAGAUUUGCUUGGAAAUGAGUACUAUAUGGAAAAGAUGCGGAUGUUUGAAGUUGUCACGGCUCGGAGGGGUCGCAAGAAAGUGCGAUCAAAAUUCACUAAUAUUUCUCGAUCACGUGGUCGCAACCCAUUGACGAACAAGAGCCAAUCAGAUAACGAGGAAGAAGAGGGAGGGAGUUACCAUUCUGAGUCGGAGUCGGGAAACGAAGGAAAUUACGAUUUGAUCCAAGAUCUCUUUGAUAAUGGUGAAUGAUUUGGCCGAUUAAACAAUAGCGAAUAGACAUAAGAACAAACACUCAAAACAUAAUGUAUUACCUCUGUAUAAUAUUUGAUUAAUUUAGUUGCAUACUUGUAUAUGCAUUGUUUGUUUCAUCAGUUUAUGUGAAUUUCA